CAUCAAUAGACCCAUUUGAGUAAUUGCGCCCGCCCGCUUGCCCGAUUCAAUAAGAGCCGCUGCAUUUCGAUAUGGAUAAAACGUUCAUGGAUGGUAGUACUCUCUGAAGACUGUCGUACAUGUAAUUAAACAAGUUUUAUUUACUUGACGAGGAGAUUAGCGGUACGAGAAUCAGCAAGAAGUAGUUGAAGUUGAUGUAUUUUCGUGGCAUCAUUGUUUCAACGAAAACUAGGCUAAUUUUGUUGCAUGUGCUUUUUUCUUCUCAAAUAAGCCAGGUGGUUGGAUGUAGAAUUAUACAUAGUAUCUCCAACUACAAGUACAAUCACUUCUACAACACGACAACUCUUCUCUGUGAUAUUACCCUUAGAAGAAGGAACACUAAUAUCCUGUUUCUCAGAAGAAGGAACAGCAAGUGUUGGCUUAGUUUCUUGUCACUGAAAGAAGUAUGUUGAGUGCAACUACUACUACCUUCUUUUUUCGUUUUUUUCUCAAGAAUACGUCUAGGUCUACAUCGGAAGAUUAAAAAUCAUGGUGUCUUCUUCUAGUGGACAGGCCUGACGCGGAGGACGAGGUACAGCUACAGAUAGUACAGAACUGCCUUUAGUCCUGAUUCUCGUCCUCAUCAUGAUAGAUGAUGAUCAUACUAGAACAUUGAACAUACGUAGAAGCAAUAAGAAUCGAGAGCAUGAUCUUCAUAGAGCAGCAGUGCAUGAUCAACUCAGGAUGAUUGCCGCUCUUUUGAGCAGAAAGCUAUCAAAAUUUCAAAUUUUCACGACACUUCAGGUGAUCUUCAACUCUAACGCUGCUUUUUGUGUCUUGCAUACUUACUCGAGCGGGAGCUAUUUCCGAGCCUGCUGGCAAGCGAGAUUCGUGCAUAAGCAGACUUCCGUCGAAAUUAGAAGAAGGCCGCAUUGAAGACUUCAUUUUUACUCUCCUACUUCUUCAUUUUCUCGAGUACAACUACCUCCAGUUUCUUCUAUACCUGCCUCUACUCCUUCUUCAGGACGAGUCCUUCACUAGCAGUCGACAACCCUCUUCUACUAGUACUACAAAAAUUCCUCAAGCAAGGAAGAAAUGGAGGGUUCUUCUGCAGAGGAGCACGCUGCAGCAGCUGGCGCUGAAGACGCUGCCUUAGAAGUUAUCAGUUCCAUCGAUGAGACGAUGAAGGACGUGGAGCAACUAAAGAUGGAGGCUCAACAAGACCCCGCAGCUGCAUUCGCCGCCGCUGCCGCGGCUCGUGGUGCCCGUGCUCCCAACAAAGCACUCACGCAUUUGACCAUGAAGCAAGUGGAGGAACUAGCUAAAGCGGAAGUAGAUGGAGGGGGAAUCUCCAGAGUACAGUCUGGUGAUGGUGAACAGACAAGCGGAGCAGAAGGUGGGAACCCUUUUGGAGGAAAGGUUGCUCUAGGUGGUGAUGAUCAAGAUAUGGUGUCUCAGGCUGAACUUGACGCUCUAGUCGGGAUUGAGAGUUUCAAAGUCACCAAAACCGCAGCUCCUAAGGGCACUGGCGCAAACUCUGUUGGACUCGGUGGCGCAGCAGCAGUGAGACCGCUGUUCUCGGGAGGUCCUGCCAUUAAUCCAGCAUUUCAACGUCAACAGCAAGCGGGCGCUUGGAACUUCGCUGGUGGAAACAAAGGUGGAAAUAACGGAGGAGGUGCAGCUGGUAGUGGUAACAACCAACAACAAGGAGCUCCUGUUCCUGGUGCUGGAGGCGGUGGUAGCUCACUUCAACAAGCUGGUGGUGGCAGCAACCCGGCUAUCACGCAUCACCACAAUCCGUGUGAACUCUUUGUGGGUAACCUGAUCAAGGAGUCGUUGCAUGGCGUAUUGCAUAACGAAGACAAAUUGAUGGAAUUCUUCUUGCAGUUCGGCGCCAUUCGUGAAGUGGAAGUGAAACGACAAUGGAAUGGUAUUUUCAACAAUGUUGCUACAACAUUCUUGUAUGGUUCUGGUAUUUGGCAACCUUGAACCUUGUAACCUGAAUUUGAUCCUAAGGGUUCUCUUCUUGUUUUUCCUUAGGAUCAAACUCAGGCUAUACCAAAAAUACCAGAACCAUUCAAUUCUACUCUACUCUAGUACUCUCGUUGAUGGAAUUUUAGAUGAUCACUUUUACGAGCAAAAAAUUUUGGUUUUCAAUCAAUAAGGUUGUAGUUGUCAAUCUUCAACAAUAAAUGUAGGUGGAACAACAUCAAGAAGAAUUUUCCAAUGUCUUCUACUGAAGCAAGACCCUGCUCAAUCCAGAUCCACCUACUCCUUUGAAACUCACCUACACAUUCAUCCUCAGGUACCGGCAAAGGUUAUGCUUUUGUGCGUUUCGAACAUCCGGACAGUGUUGAGUUGGCCAUUGCGAAUGCGCGCCAAAAUUUCAUCGCUGGUCAUUGGUUGGACUGCAAGCGCUCGAUCAAUCGUAUACCUCCAAACCAGCAACAAGCUUGGGCCGAACAACAAGGCAAGAACGGAGGAGGAGGUGCGUCGCAGUUUGCUGGCUCUGGCCUCAUGCCUCCCGGUGAGAUGCUGCAUGGCAAAGGCGGUAAGAAAGGCAAGUGGAACAUGAUGAAAGUUAAGAGUAAGACUUCAUCCGGAAAUCUCCUUCCAUUUUGAGAAGAAGCUGCAUCUUGGACCCCCCGUCCCGUGUAAGGGGGAAACGGGGGAUCCAAGAUGACUUAUAAUUUCAAGAUGGAAAAAUCCCGGAAGGAGAAGGUCUAAGAAAGGUGGCCAACAAAUGCAGAUGAUGCAAAAUCGUUUUGUUCCUCAAGGAGGCAUGCCCCGACCGGGACAGAUGGGGAAUCAACAAGGUGCUGCUGGAGCUGGUGGUUUGACUAAUGGCGCUGAAGGUAACAGCAUGAUGAUGAAGGGUGGCGCUGCAGGACGAGGCCUCCCAGGUGCUGCUGGCUUACAGCCUUUGGGUACUGGCGCUAAUGCUGUUGGCGUUGGAGGAGGUGUCGUGCAGAACAAAUCUAUCAACCCCAACUAUCCUCCUGUUCCCCUCACUGCUCAACAGGCCUCGUCAAUGAUGAAGUCGUCCCGCGAUGUUGACCCAAAACUCGCACCUCCGCCAUCCAGUCCGCCUACCGGUUCCCCGCUUCCGGCUGGAUCUCCUCUUCAAGGAAGUACUGUUGCGAAGGCUGAAGGGCUUGCUCCUCUGGGUACGACCAGUGGUGAUCAUGGAGGACAGCAUCAAUACAAUCAGCACGGACAUCAAAUGUACGCGACCCAACAAGGACAUGAGCCAGGUCGUGGUGCUCCGCAAUACUAUGGUGUUCUUCCCCAACAUCAAGGUGGGCAACAACAUCCUUACCACAACCUGGUGAAGAAACGCAGCAAGCGCAAUCGGCAUAUGGGCAAUCAACAGCUGAAUCCGUUUUCGGGGAACAAGGACUCGCAACAUUCUCCGCCUACUGCCUACCUCAAUAACCAAUUCGACGACGACGAAUCGGAGUCGGAAGAGGAUGACAUCAUCAAAGAGAUUCUGCAUAGCGAUCAGACGGGUGCUGCUCAGAGGAUGGGUCCCGGUCAACACCAACACCAAUCUUCGGGUAAUUCCGUCGACAUUUUGUUAAGGCUCCAUGCAACAACUUUCACUUCAUCCAGUCGUGGUGAAGAACAUGUAUUUCUUCUGUAGUUUCCUUCUUAAGUAGGAUUCUGAAGAAAUGACGGCAUAAUUCAUUUCUUCGUUCUGUAGUUUUCUUCGUCUUAGGACAGUUCCGAGGAAAUGACGGCAUCGGCAUUCUGCAAGAGAUGAAUUGUUUUGAGCUCUAAUCUUAGGUGUUGGAUCCGGCGACAACCUGGGUAUUUUGCCUGACAACAACAAACCUGACACGUUCGACAUGUUCGAUGCUAUGGUUGAGUCUGGCGAUCUCGAAGCUGACGCAGAUGGUAAUUUCAAACUCGCUUCUGACGUCGAAGUCCCGGACGACUGGGAAAAACGAGCUUUCAACCCUUUUGACGACACCGCAGAACCUCCUAUCGACGACGUACUAGAUCCUCUAGUGGUUGCAGCGAACAAGAAAGCCUCCACGACCGGUAGCACUGGUGUCUUAGGAAUCCCGGCUCCUAGCAAUGUCGCUACUGGUGGUGGAGCGGGUGCUCCUGGUGCAAGCGGGAGCAACUUUAUCGCGACUGCAGGUCCCCUCCGCAACGCGAAUGCUGGACCAUUUAACCAAGGACCACCUGCUGGUACAACUUUUGACAAAGCAGUAUUGAAGAUAAGUAAGUAUUUAUAAAUAUAAUUGAACACAACAUUUUUACACAUACACAAGCAUACUUAUUUUCGUUUUUCCUGAAAGAGUUCUGAUUUCUUGGUGAUAAAAAGUAGAACUCAUAAUAUAAUAUCAUCCACAUGCGCAAUCUCAAACUUCUACAUGUUUCUUCACAGGUACUAACUACCACGUUAAAGGCGGGGGAGGACCACAACACCACGUGGGUCCUUUCCAGCUUUUCUCAAACCAAGGACCUCCUCAAGGACCUCCUGGAGGGUUCGGCGCUCCUCCACCAGGUCCUCCCGGCCAAGGGUUCGGCGUUCCAGGAGCUCCGUUUCCGCCUCCACCGGGAGCUCCGUUUCCGCCGAUGCAGGGCAACAACUCUAUGGUAGUUACGGCUUCCGGGAAAGGGAAUCCAUCUUCAGUAGAAGCAUCAUCUUGGAGCACCCUCAUCUAAGGGAUGAAAAAGAGACCCAAGAUGACUGCUCUGAAGAUGGUGGAUCUUCUAAGGUUGGUGGACCGCCACCGCCGAUGUUCCAGCAAGGACCUGGCCCUAUGAUGCAGCAGCAGCAAGGACCUCCAGGAGCCCCGCCUAUGAUGCAGCAGCAAGGACCUCCGAUGGGACCGCCACUGGGACAACCACAGCGUCAAGGACCUCCUUUCGCCGGGAUGCCUCCACAGCAACAGCCGAUUGUGCCUCUGCCUCAACAGCCUCAACAGUUCAGUGGACACCAAGGUCCAAAGCAAGGACAGCCAUUCAUCGCCUCUUCUUCUGGCACAACACUCACAGCUCCGCAGUACGGGAACAAGCAAGCACCACCUCCUCCGGCCCACAAUCAAGGACAGCCUACGCAGAGAACCAAUCCUCUUCAGCCCUUUGUGGCGACCGCUGGACCUAUUGCGGGGGCUCCUCUGCCGGGACCUGGUACUUCUGGUGCUCCGGGAGCAUCUACAGGAGUUACUUCGGCGACUCAACAGCAGUGGAACGCUGCUGCCAGUAUUCAGCAGGUGCUCUACAGUCAGCCUCGUGGCCCGAUCAGCCGGAAGCACAUGGUCAGCGUGCCUAUGCCGGAUGGCAGCCAUCAACUCUUCAUGCCUGUUGACCGUAUUGAAGGCGACGUGUACAAAUUCCAGCCGACUGUCCCAGGAGCUUCCGUCGUGAUCAUCGAUCGCCUAACUCUCGGUACCGAAGCUAUGGCCAAUGAUGAGGUCAAGAAAGGUUGCUACCAGCUCAACGACGAAGGUGAGAAGUUUUACUACAAUCCGCACCCUCUGGGCCGUAAAGCUGUUGAUAUCCCUCAUUCUGCACCUCCAGCAAACACCACAAUCACCUCCACGAUCUCCAAACGGAGACUGUCUUCUUAUUCCAUGAUGUGCGCGGAUAAAAAUCUUGGUGAAAAAAUCGACAUCGAGAACUUCGAAGAAGAACCUUUGGACUACGUCACGACCGAAGAACGCGAUCCUUUAACGGAAGACCCCAUGGCCGACUUCAUCUAUUACCUCUAUGAGGAAGAUCUGCCGCAAGAAAACCCGUUUGACGUGGACAUCGAACUGGCCAAGGACGAAUUGAUGUUAUGCCCGCUUUUUACCUUAUUUAAUUGACCUCUUAUUGUAAAAACAACACCGCUUUUAUUUAAUACCUUUACCUUCAUUCAAAUGUUAAAUUGUACUAAGAAGGCAAACUCUUUGACGACGUGCUUUCUUCAUGAAUAUGAAAUUCAAGGGAAUAAAUAUUAAACUACAUCAGCACAGCACUCUUCUACAUCAAAGAUCAUCCACAGCACUCUUCUACAUACAAGUAGAUGCUGCACUCGAAGAUUAUAAUAUAGUAAAUUUGAGAUAGAUCAUGAAACUACAUCUUCAAGUCCUCUAUUUCCAUCAAGAGUAUGAAUUAGAUCAUGAAACUACAUCUUCAAGUCCUCUCUCACUAUCAGGUCCUCUUCCAAUCACUAUGAUCAACAUCAAGUCCUCUUCAAUCACUAUGAUCUAUCACUAUCAAGUCCUCUUCAAUCAUUAUCAAGUCCUCUUCCUCUAAUGAUGCGGUUAGAAGAGGAAGGCAAGACCGCUGAGAACCGUCGUAAUUGGCGCACCAUCGAGCAAGUAGAAGGCGACUUACGCGCAGAAGGUGUCGAAAUGAAGUCUGCGGCUCAGAUUGAGGCGGAAGCAGCAGCUGUGGAUGUCGGGGAUGGAGUGAUGUUAUGCCGUUUUUCCAUUUUCGUUUUCCUCCAGAGAGGGUCUGGGUCUUCUUUAUUUUUUUAUUAAUUUGUUUUUUCGCCCGGUUAGUUUUUACCUCUAAAAGAACUUAGGCUUAUCCCAUGCUACAAUAUUUAAUUUUUGUAAAAGAUCUCUUAUUCUUUGAACUAUUUUAUUUAUUUGAUAGUAAAAGAUCUCUCAUUCUUUGAUGAGAUGGACUCUUAGGUUCAGGUGUAUGUAGAGGUACUACAUCGUUACCUCAAGUAGGAGAGCAUGCUGUUACUAUUUUUAUUCAAAGAUCAUGUUGAUAAAGAACAAACCACGACGACCUCCCAGCGCCCCCACAACCGCCUUCUAAUCCUCCGCAUGAUGCGCGACGAUGAGGUGAUGGAUCAGACACUCAAAGAGUACAACGACUUGCUUUUAGCCGCUGAGAAAGAGCGCGCGGCUGCUGGUUUCAAGGCCAACGACAGUUCGAAGCCGAUUCGUCUCGACCACAAUGGUGAAGUGAUUGAUGACGACGCCGUUGAUGACCAAGGCAUGUUCAAGCUCAAGUUUGAGGAUGAUGAGAUUAAGGCUAGUACUACAAGAAAUCCAUCUUCACAUGUUGAGGCUUCUCGAUCCCAUUUUUAAGGGGAAACGGGGACCCAAGAUGCUGCUGAAGAUGGACUUCGCCUAGUUGGUUCUAAUGAGAAAAAACGCCAAGCAAUGCUGGCUGGCGCUGCUGGUGGUGUCGCGCCAGGCUCAGCCGUGGCAGCAGCACAAGCAGCCCAACGAGCACAAGCGGCAGGAGUGGACGGAACAGGCAUGCACUCUCAACGUGCCAUGGCUCUGAUGAUGCACAAUUUGACCGCUGAACAACGUGAGGCUCUGGAAAAACGUAGUCUCGAACAGAAGGACGCUUCUAAGAAUUCUGAGGAAGUUGCUGCUAAUCCAAACGACGAGUUAGAUGACCGUGCCAUCCGAAAAAAGAUGGAAGACGCUUUUCUAGCGGGGAGACCAGGUACUCUCUUAUGUUGCUGUUACAACUCCUUGUACUACUACUGUCUAGCGGGAAAUAUACAAAAAACUAACAUGAAGUAUGUACGAACUUGUGCAGUUUAUUCUAGUCGUUGAACAUUGUUUUUGUUCAUCUUCAUGGUUUCAGCAACAUGAAAAAUGUCAAUCUCCAUCAGUUGUCGACGACCGAAGCAGUAUCAAGUACCAAAUGCAACAAGCUGCGAAAGCUAACAACAAGGAGCAUCAACAGCAACAACAUGCAGUAGAGCAGCAAGAGCAAGAAGAGGAAGCACAACAAGGACAUCAGGAGGAAGAGCAAGAAGAGUAUCAACAAGGUGAAGAUGAAGAAGAGCUAGAGCAACGCCGUCGGGAGGAAGAGAGCGAAGAUGAGCGUGAGAAGGAAAAAGCUGCGAAGAUGGAGGCUCGCCGCAAGUACCUGAAGGAGAAGGAAGCUAAGCUCAAAGCCGCUGCCGCAGAGAAAGAGAAAGCAGAGAAAGAGAAAGCUCGUCGUGCCAAGGAGGAUAAGGAAAAGAGUAACCCUUUUGAGAAGGAAAAAGAGGAAAAAAAGCGUGCUGAACUAGGAGCCGUCGUAGGUUUAAGGGUAGGUUAAAGGUGCUUUUCUUACCGCUUUUUAUGCCUCUCCUAAGGGAGAAAGGCAUAAAAAGCGGGGUAAGCGAGCACCAAAAACCUACCUCUAAUAGGUGGCAUUCCUCCGAAAAAGCGUCGUGUCAGUGCUGCACCGCCUACGGCCGCACCUGCUAAGAUCAAGGCGAUGGUGCGUGCUCGUGCCGGCAACUUCGAUCCCUUGGAUCAGGACGAUUUGAUUGGAGAUGAAGAUGACGUGGGCGCUGAAGCGGGCGAGCAGAUCGACGAAGAUGCUGCUGAAGAUGCUAAUGAAAGAGUUGAAAUCGAAGAUUUGAAUGAACCCCAACAACUCUCCGAUGCAGAACAAGAAGAGAACAACGUUGAUUUUGGCGGACAAGAAGAACAACAAGCGGAACAACAAGAUGAUGAAGAUGAUGACAUCUCUCAAAUCUCCGGAAAUGAUAACAAACCAGCUUCAUCAACCACGAAAAACAUCCACGCCAACGCCGCUUCCAAUGCACCCACAAGAACCACAAGGCAACCUCCGAAAGUCCAAGCUGGUUUGGGCGUGCCGGCCCCAAUGAUGCAGGACGAUGACCGUGAGAAGGUGCGCGACCAAAGACGUGAGGCUGCAGAAGACCGUGACGAGAAGCGAAUCGAAAUGGAACGCGCUGAAGAGCGCGAAACCAGACGUGAAUAUGGUAUCCCUCGUUCCAGUCCUCCACGUGCCAGUCCAGGUCGUGGCUCCGGAGGCAACACUCGAGGAUCUUCGCGCGAUCGUCGCCAAGCUCGCAUGUCCACUCGUGGGGACGAACGUCGUGGAGAUGAUCGUCGACGUGACGAUCGUGAUCGACGUGAUGACGAAAAAAUCUCUAGACGCGAGAGCGACCGCGGCGGCCGGGACGACCGACGUGAACGUGAUGAUCGACGUGAGCGAGAUGACCGCAGGGGAGAACGUGACGAUCGCCGUGAACGCGAUGUUGAACGUAGAGGUGCAGACCGCGAUGAGCGCCCUCGGGAGCGUGACGAGCGCGACCGACGUGACGAUCGCAGAGGAGGUGAUCGCGAUGAGCGUCCUCGGGAGCGUGACGAGCGGGACCGACGCGAAGAUCGCGGUGACCGACGUGACGACAGGGACCGUGAGCGCGGACGUGAGGACCGUGCUGAACGUGGUGGACGUGAGGAACGUGGUGACCGUGAGCGCGGACGUGAGGAACGUGGAGGCGAUCGCGACCGUGAACGCGGACGUGGAGAUAGAGAAGGCCGUGACGACCGUCGCAGGGAGGAAAAAGAACGCGAGAUGCGGGAACGGGCAGAAGAGCUGGAAAGAGAAAGAGAGGAAAUCCUGCAGCUGGAACUCAGAGAACGUGAAGAGCAUACCUACAAUCUGCAUGCAGGAGGCCCACGACCAGCAGAGGUAACGAAGACAAGGGAUAGAACACGAAGACGGGGAUGAAGAUCUUCUGGCGGUCCUCGGGUGAAGAAUCUUAUUUGAUAAUUGUAGUUCUUGAGGAUCUGGAUGCUGGUGAAACAGACACGAGGAGGAUUCGUGUUUCAGCUUCUUCUCUCCUAGAUUCAAAACUACAAAGUACAACAACAUGAAGAUCAUGAUCUCAUGUGAUGAAAUCAGAAUUUGUUUAUAGUUUACCCAACAUUGUUUUCAACAUCAAGAUGAAUGAUAUUGAAACAAAAAGCAGACGUCAUAAUUGCGAUUCUUCGAAGAACCCGACAAAGAACAUUUCAUAUCGUGAUUCAUAUGCUAAUGCUGGAAUACUUCCCAUAUGUCAGCAUGCUAAGAAUUGUGUCUUUCAUCUACUUCUACAUAUUCCCAACUUGGAACCAACCAGCAAAUUCCAAGUCCUCUUACUGUAAUACAAGUCAAGCUCAGCUAGUAGGUGUAGGAAUACGAUUUGUAGAAGCCAAAUUCAAACUUGUUGUUGUUUCUGAAUUUCACAACUCGUCCCACCUGUACUAAAUAUUUUGUGCAUAUUUUCCAUCUACUAACGUUGGCGAUUUGGCUGGUCAAGAUCUGUUGAUGUAUCCUGAUAUUUUAAGCAUAAUAUCCUUGGAGUCCGCUCUACUCGUUCUGUGGGCAAAAAAGAGGUUAAAAGAAAAAUGAGGUUUAGGGCCGCUCUACUCGUUCUGUGAGCAAAAAAGAGGUUAAAAGAAAACAGCCCACUGAAGAACGAAAUUUCCCGUGUUGUUGUCGAGGAGUGACAAUUCAACGACAAUAAAAGAACCCCCCAAAUAGGUAGCUACAACUUCUAUAUAUCAACGGACCAUUGAACUUGAGCUUUGAAGCAUGAGGAUUCAUUAAAAUAAAACGACACAACGACCGGUUUUGUGAAAAUCAGAUUCUUCAAAUAAAACGACACUACCAGCAGUUGUGUGAAAAUCACUCUCAUGCUUCACAACAAGACCUUCCUAGAUGAAUGAAAGCCGAAGUAAUCUAAUGAGUAUGAGUUGCGCUUGAUGCCUGAGCCUGACACAUAACGAGAACAAGCAGGAUGCACUUCAUUUAUCAUGGAGUGUCCUCUUUUAUGCAAGAAGCUGCAAUAUAGACAUACUUAGAACAGGUGCAUGGAGGUCCUCUAUGAAGUAGACGCUCAUCAACAAGGAGACUAAUUUACAUCAUUUAUUGCGAGGGGUUCGUUAAGGUAGUUCAAAAUAAUCUUUUAAAAGUAAGUAGGACUAGGAGUUGUUGUUGUAGUACCCUGCCCCCAACAGCGUCAUUACCCUUAGAAGAUGUAGAUGAUAAGAUGUGGAUGAGAAAAGCGCAUUAAUGAUUCACUGUACUUGGCUCGUGGAGGAGGAGGCCUCAUGAUGUUGUUGUCAAGGAGUGACAGAAACUCAUUUUUUUGUUCAAUAAAACCCUGCCCAAUGAAGAUGAGCAAUUCUAUUACUGACCAACCACGCCAACCUCAUGUUUCACAUCAAGAUCUUCAACUUUUUCUUGUACAAAUGACGCUUCCUGGACUAUUACG